AUGAGGCCGACAGCAGGUCUUAUAGUGAUAGGGGAUGAAAUAUUAAAAGGAUCAACAAUGGAUACUAACUCCCAUUUUAUAUGUAAAAAAUUGCAUCAACUCGGUGUCCAGAUAUCAUCUAUCGGUGAUAACGUUGACGAUAUCAGCGAUGAAAUCCGUUCAUUUAGUGAACGAUUUGACUACGUAUUCACCACUGGCGGUGUGGGACCCACCCACGACGACAAGACCUAUAUCGGUAGGUCAUACCCUUAUUUUACCGGCUCUUCUCGAAUUCCUUCUUCAUUUGUUCGCCUUUGGAGUGAAGACACUUCACACAGUUUAUGUUGGGUUUAUAACGGGAUUCAAUCGAAGGAGUUUCAGAUCCCUGUUUCGGCUGAAUUGCUUUGGAGUACAGCUAAUGGUAAGCCCUCAAACUUUCCAGUUGUGAGGAUACGAAAUGUCGUCACGUUACCCGGUGUUCCACGUUUCUGCGAAAAAGCUUUGGUAGAAUUGCAGGACCAGAUAUUCCCUUCACACUUGAAGCCCAUGUUCUCGAAAACAAUAUAUACAUCAAAAAAUGAAGUCAAAAUUGCCAAUGAGCUAUCGGAGAUUGCCUCGAAAUAUGAUGGAGUUGUCGAGAUUGGUUCCUAUCCUGUCAUGACGAAUACCUUUUUCAAGACGAAGCUCAUUGUGGAAAGUGAAUCUUCCGAGUCUGGGCAAGCUGUUACUGACGCUAUUUGCGGAUUUUUAGAGAAUACUGUUGUUCACUACGAUGAAGAGCCAUGGGUCAAUUGCGUAGAAAAGUUCAAUUCUUUCCGAGAACGUGAAGCAGUAAAGAAUCCUGGAUUUGUAGCACACCUUGACGAAGCAGUUGCCGUUCUCGAUGACGUUUUAGAAAGAUAUCCCCUCGAUCAGAUCAACCUCUCCUUCAAUGGAGGGAAAGAUUGUACAAUUCUUCUUCAUUUGUUUCGUUUGGCUGUAGAUAAGAAGUAUGGUCCGAACAUUGGAAUCCAAGGUUUUCAUAUAUUAUGCGAAGAUCAGUUCCCAGAAGCAACUCAAUUCAUAAUCGACGCAGCAAGAAAUUACAACAUCAAAGUGACGGAGUACCCAGGUCCACUCAAAACAGGGCUCGAAGCGUUGUUGAAGGAACAGCCGAAAGUUAUUGCUGUGCUGAUGGGAAGUAGAGGAACAGAUCCACAUGGGAAGUACAUGAAGUCUCCAACAGAAUGGACAGAUCCAGAUUGGCCGAAAGUCUUGCGGGUGUGUCCGGUCCUUUCCUGGUCCUACAAAGAUGUAUGGAAGGCACUUCGAGAUUUGUGCAUACCAUACUGUCCCCUAUAUGACAUGGGGUACACUUCAUUAGGAGGACGAAGUACAACAAUGAAAAACCCAACCCUGAAAGUUAUAGAUAAAGACGGUACUGAAAGGUAUAUGCCGGCAUAUACGCUGACAAAUGGUGAUGAAGAGCGAAAUGGACGGACAUCAAAUUAG